AUGAUCAACCAAUAUUUGGCAAUAAAAAUCGUCGACAGAACACCCAAAAGGAAGAGACUUACUGGACUCAAUCGUCAAAGAGGACUGCCCGGGAGGACGGAUGGUGGGAAUUUCAUGAAUGAGAGCGAGAUCCGCAAGGAGAUUGCCAUCUUUAAAAAAGUCAAUCAUCCUAACGUGGUCCGAAUGAAAGAGAUCAUCGACGACCCCGAGUCUAGCAAGCUUUUCAUGAUCUUGGAGUAUUGUGAAGGCGGCGAGGUUCAUUGGACGGAGGACGACGGUAGUCCUGCGUUGACACUACUGGAGACGCGACGUAUAUUUCGUGAUACCCUGCUAGGGCUAGAAUAUUUACAUCACCAGGGCAUCAUUCAUCGUGAUAUCAAACCGAGCAAUCUAUUGUGGGCGGCAGACGGCACAGUCAAGAUAUCUGAUUUCGGUUGUUCGCAUUACUCAGAAGCCUUGCGUACGGCUGCUACCCAAGCCGGACCAGAGGGUGAAUCGUGGGUCGAUGAUGUCGAAUUGGCCAAGACUGCCGGAUCGCCAGCUUUUUUCGCACCAGAAAUGUGCUACUCGGGGUCCGAUCAGGACGAUGCAGCGCAACAUGCCCGCUCGCCCCAGGGAACACCAGUUCAUGAGCUCACAAACUUCACCACACAACUGCCGACCGCCAAUGAACAACACCCCAAAACAAGCCGAUCAGACCCAGCCGUUCUCUCGCCCUCCAGUCGUCGUACCUUUCCCUUCAAACCUACUCAAAGUAACGAGUCAGGGCUUUCCCGUCGACCUCAAUCCAUGAGAUCACACUCGUCAUCAACCAUUGUACACCGCGAUCGAAUGCCCAUCACUAAUGCUAUAGACGUUUGGGCUCUCGGUGUGACUUUGUACUGUUUGGCAUUCGGCAAGACUCCCUUCGAUGCUCCUAACGAAUACCUAUUGAUGCAAGUGAUUCCCACCGCCGACUUUCACGUUCCGCCCUAUAUGAGUAAAGACCGUUUACCGACUGGCAAAGGCAAUGAAGAUGCCAAUGAGGAGGCUCUGGAAUGUCUGGAUCUGCUGAGGCGAUUGCUAGAAAAAGAUCCUGCCAGGCGAAUAUCGUUGGAUCAAGCAAAGAGACACCCAUUCACUCUUCGAGGUCUUUCAGAUCCCUCGGGUUGGCUGGCUAGUACAGAUCCUCAUGUCCAAUCUUUCGUGACCGUGUCCAACGAUGAGGUCGCAGCCGUCGUUAUCAAAGCGAAUCGUUUUCGAGAUCGACUUCGUAAAGGCCUCAAAACCAUCUCCAGUAGGCUGAGCAUCUUUGGUUCAAACUCUCGAGGCCGAAGCCACAGUAUCGGGGACGGUGAUACAAAUUCCAGUUACAGUCAACCUGUGUCCAACUUGCCCUCUGCGAUUCCAAGUCAAAUAAACCUGCAAAAUGCGAAUGAUAUAGGAAGACCCGAUCAAGCUCUCACUCCUCGCGAGUUAUCGCCCAUGCCAAGUCCACGUCCAAUGGGUAGCCUUUCUCGUCGACUGUCUCUUCUCGGUUCUCGUCAUUACGAUGCUUUCCCCUCACCUCGUCGACGGACUUUGCAAUUGGCUUCACCUCCUCCUACUGCUCAUUUAUCUCCGACUUAUGCCGUCGAGCCGAUCGGACGGUCACUGUCAAGCCAGUCGACUCAAUCGUCAAGCCGAGGUUUUAUCGUUCACAGACCAAUACGUAACGCCUCACAAUCCAAUAUCCGACCGGACACGGUGACACCCCACACUGCGUCCGGAGAACGUUCCGCGGAUUCACCCAAGCCGAUGGGGUCCUCAGGAUCUCUCGACAAAUUACAGGGUACCGGUGAAUUGACUCCUGGAGAUCCCUUGCGUAGAAGACAAAGCGAUAUAGACGUUGCAGCCAGACAUCGAUCGUCCAGCAAUGCCUCUAGUAAUGGUUUAGGUUUGGGUAAAUUGGCUCGCUUGUUAUCUCGUGGUAGUAGUCAACGUCGUCGUCCUACACAUACAAAAGAGAGUAGUGAACCAUCGUUGCAGUCGACACAAGGAACAGGUCUUCCUGCGAUCGAAAUGCCGCCUAUCAUGACACUCGGUGAACAUGGAAGACAAUCAAGUUUCGAGACUUUUGAAUCAAGUUCAUAUUCAUCAGGUCCGGGUUUAUCAGCUAGUCCUGAACGUUCAAAUAUGAUCUCCGCAGGUCCACAACGUCGCAGGUCUACCGUGAGCGAGGUUUUAACUCAAUCCGAUGAUGAUGAUUUUGAUUGGGCUGGCUCUAUUCCCGAUGACGAUGAUGAUGACGAACUGGAACCAGCAUCCCGAUCUCAAUCGGAAGAAGUAACGUUUGGUAGACGUUUCGUCGGUGGGGUUUCAAGACCUAACGAUCAUGUUUCACCACUUGUAUCAUCGUCACCCACUUUACCGACUAUUCAAGAUUCUUCACCUGGAUCACUCUUGUUACAACCUCUCAGUCCAGUCACUUCCAUACAGAAUCAUCGUAACAUAACCUCACCCAUUUUCCGUAGUUCCAGUCCUCCAACUAAUCUCGUCACUCGACAAUUCUCAUCACCCUCUACACCUCGUUCUACCUCUGCACAUGAGCGUGCACGUAGUCCUUUGGGUUUGACACAUCACAGACGGGACGAAUCUCCUACGGCAGGUUAUUCAGUUUUCGACUCGGACGAUGAUGAUGGGAAUGGGGAUGGGGAUGUGGACGUUGGGUUGGCAUUUUCCAUAUCCGCCAAACGUGGGAGGAAGGGUUCGGUACUGGAUAGACAUACAGCAGGAGCAGCUCCAACUUAGAUUGUAGAUUCUCUCCCGGAUGUUUGCGAUGUGACAGAUAGAUGUACACGAUUG